GACCAUAGGCCAUCACUAAUUUAAAAGAUUUGUUGUGGUCGGCAAGACCGCCAAAUCGUAAACAGGAUGAGUUACAUACAAUUUGAGAGUGCCAGGGAAAAGGACAAGGCUCGCCAGGAACUGCGAGAGGCCCGCGCCGAGAUGCUCCAGCAGGCUAAGGACCGGGCUGAGCUUCGCAGCCAGAGGGAGCGCCAAAAAGAGCUGCGAGGUGAAGGUGCCACCUGGAUGCUACCGGCAGUGGCACAGAAACUGGAGAAGUCUUCAUCCUCAAAGAAGGCAAAGAAGAAGAAAAAGACGGAACACAAAUCCAAGUCGAAAAACAAGAAAUCAUCCAAGAAAAAGAAGAAAAAACACCACAGUAGCAGCAGCAGCGACAGUAGUAGCGAUAGCGACAGUUCUAGCUCCAGCUCUUCCUCGUCCAGUGAGGACGAAAAGGAACGCCGGCGACGAAAGAAAAAAUCUAAGAAGAGCCACCAGGAAAGCCACAGCGAGGACGAGUGGGUGGAGAAGACUUCUGCCGUUGAGGUGCCUCUGCAACGCGACAACUGGAUGACGAACGAGUCUCUCAUGCUGAAGACCUUUUCGAAGGAGCAGAAACAGCCCACAAAGCCGAACGAGAAACUCCAGCAAAUCGAUGCCUAUGAUCCGGCCAAAAGCGGUCGUGAGCUGAAUCCUUAUUGGAAAAGUAAUGGCACCGGCCUGCCCGGUUUCCAAAAGCCUCGGGAUGACGAGGACGAGUCCGAGAAGCGGGAGACAAAGCAGCAUUCGACUUCUGGUCCGAGUUCCUCCUCUCGCGGAUGGCGAAAGCCCUCUGCUAAGCCACCCUCACCCUCACCACCACCAAGGAGAGAGAAAUCUGUCUCAGAGAACGAAUCCUCGGGCGAGGAACCCGAACCGGCUCUCCCCUGCUUAACCAAUGACGAGCUCAACGCGUUGGCAGGCAGGGCCAUCAAAGCAGAGAUCAAGGGCAAGAAGGAGCUGGCGGCUGAACUGAAUCUGCAGCUGGAGAAUGCACGAAAGGCGCGGGCCGAGUAUUUGGCAUCCGGCAAAUCCAUACCGACACCUAAUGCCAAGGUCUCGAAGAAGAAACCCACAUCCGAGCAUGUUCUUCUCACCAAAACGGAUCAGAGCGGCAAUGUGCGGCCACUAAUGCACACUGGGACGCACAGUAACCCCAAUGAUCUCUAUGGGGGAAGCAAAGGACGGAAGCGAAGCAACAAGAAAGUGGAGACUCAUGUGGACGGACAAAGGGUGCGUUACUUCGCCGAUGAUGAUCGCUAUGAUAUCAAGCAAAUGUUCGAGCGAGAGAAGCAUGCCACUGCCGCCGAGUCCAACCUGCAAUACGCCGACAUUCUGUCCAAGCACAAGAAUCCCAAUGAUGAUCUUGAGGACUUGUUUGCCGACAAAGUGCGCAAGCAAAUCUCACCUGGCGACGCCGAGAAGAAGGAGCUCCAGAACGCCAUCAAAGAACACGAAAAGCUGGCUGCCAGUCUUGAGAAUUGUGAGCGAUGCUUUGACUCCGCCAAGCUGGAUAAGCAACUGUUAGUUUCCCUCGGCGACAAGAUCUACCUGAGCAUACCGUGGUAUGUGGGCCUGCAGAAUGGCCAUUGCAUCCUGACAACAUUGCAGCACGUGUCCUGCUGCACGCAGCUGGACGAGGAUGCGUGGGAGGAGCUGAAUAACUUCCGGAAGGCGCUCACCCGCAUGUUUGCCGCCCGACGGCAGGACGUGGUUUUCUAUGAGAUUGCCAACAAGUUGCUUCGCCGACCGCAUCUCACCGUGCACUGCAUCCCCAUCCCAUCCAGUCAAGGCGAACUGGCACCGUUCUAUUUCAAGAAGGCCAUCGAGGAGUCCGAACAGGAGUGGUGCAUCAACAAGCAACUGGUUUCUCUGCGUCAGAAAUCUCUGCGGGCCGCAAUUCCGAAGGGUCUGCCCUAUGUGUGGAUCCACUUUGGCAUGGAUUCGGGCUUUGCCCACGUCAUCGAGGAUCAGGACCGUUUUCCCGCUAACUUUGCACAGGAAAUUAUUGGUGGAAUGCUAGGACUGAAUCCCAAUUCCUGGCGCAAGCCACGAAAAGAACAGAAUCCUGUGGGAAGGGUCAAGUCGCUGGCGGAGAUGUGGAAAAAUUACGAUUGCACUGAACAAUAAUUAUUGAAAUUAUAAUUUAAGAAUGUUGUUC